ACGCAUGGGUGAGAGGGGAGGAGAUUCAGGUUACAACCCCCUCCUCCUUUUCUACCCCCACCCUAGACACACACACACAUACCCAGAGCGACUGCUUUAUAACUCUCUUAGCAGUGGCCAGGGGUUUGAUUUUUCCCUGUGGAUGCUCCCAAACGGUCUGCACACAGUCCAGCAAAUUUCCAGCCUUUUCCAAGCACAGAGGCCUUCUGUUUCCCUCUGGCCCGGACCAAAAACCUCCCCUUUUUGGAGCCUGGAUUUGAAGGACUCCUUCAGGGGUUGCAGGGUUUGGGAGAGCAGGCCGGUCACCCCCAACUGAGUGGAGUUUGGAGGAAGGAACCUACAAGCCGCCCUUCCGAAAAGCCAGCCACCACCUGGGAACCGCCACCACCGCCGUCCCCUGGAGAGGGGUCUUGCGAACCGGCCUGCGCGAGAGAUGCGGCAUUUUCGAAGGCCUCGCGGGGUACUCCUGGGAAUGGACACUAGGCACCAAGGACGGAGAUAAGAUGAAGCAUUUGCACCGGGGGAAUUGAGAGCAGGGGGGAAAGCCAAGCGAGACUGCUUCUCUCCGGCCUCCCUCCCUCUCCCCCGCUUGCUCCUGGUUGCGAAUGUGAUUGUUUUGUCUGUCACAGAGGAGAAGUGGAAGACUCUUGCUGGCUGGGGUGGGGGAGCCAGCCAGUGGGCUCCAGGCGGCGGUCGGAGUCGGAUGCCUCUCUGGACGUCGGGAGGCAGGGGCUUGGAGCGCGGAGGCGGCCAGAGGAGGCUCGGAGAGGCAGGCCCGGAGCACACGGCAGACUCCAUGCUGCUCUCACUGAUUCUCUCUCUGCUCUCUGUCCUGGCAGAAGGGGCCAGCCUGCAGCCAAUCAGGAUGAGCCACCUGGGGGUGUGCCCCAACCAGCUGAACCCCAACCUCUGGGUGGAUGCUCAGAGCACCUGCGAACGGGAGUGUCACAUGGAUCAGGACUGCGAAGCCUUUGAGAAAUGCUGCACCAACGUCUGCGGCCUGCGGAGCUGCGUGGCCGCCCGCUACGCCGAUGGAAGCCUCUCCUCCCUGGAGCUCGUGCAAGAGGCCACGUGCGACAGCUUCGUCUGCACGCAGCAAGGCUCGGACUGUGACAUCUGGGACGGGCAGCCUGUCUGCAAGUGCAAAGACCGGUGCGAGAAGGAGCCCAACUUCACCUGUGCCUCCGAUGGGCUCACCUAUUACAACAAAUGCUAUAUGGACGCCGAGGCCUGCAUCCGCGGCAUCAGCCUCGCCGUGGUGACCUGCAAGUACCUUUUCACCUGGCCAAACACCAGCCCCGUGCCGAUGGAGACCACGGCUCACCCGACGCCUGGGGCGGCUGCCGAGGUCCCCAUCCCCCCGGCCCUCUAUAACAAUCCCUUCCACCAGCUGGUCUACGUGGGCGGCACCACCAGCUUCCACUGCGACGUCAGUGGGCGGCCCCGUCCCGACAUCACGUGGGAGAAGCAGAGCGACCACCAGGAAAACUUCAUCAUGCGGCCCGACCAAAUGUACGGCAAUGUGGUAGUGACGAACAUCGGGCAGCUGGUCAUCUACAAUGCCCAGCCUGAGGAUGCUGGGAUUUAUACGUGCACGGCCAGGAACUCCGCCGGCCUCCUGCGAGCGGACUUCCCCCUCUCAGUCAUCAAGAGGGAGCACUCCAGAGGGGAACCGAGGACCCCCAGUGCCCCCCCGCUCCUGCCCGGUGAGUGCCUGAAGGAACCUGAUAAACAGGACUGCGAGGCCUACCAGGUCCGCUGGCAUUUUGACUCCAAGAAAGGCUCCUGCAUCACAUUCCGUUACGGCGGCUGCGGAGCCAACCAGAACCACUUUGACACCUAUGAGGAGUGCCAAUUGGCCUGCGUCAAUAACGCGGUCAACCUCUGCACUCUGCCUGUGGUGCAGGGGCCCUGCAAGAACUGGGAGCCCCGCUGGGCCUACAACCACUUGAUGAAGCAGUGCCAUUCCUUCAUCUAUAGCGGCUGCGAGGGGAACGAGAAUAAUUUUGACAGCAAAGAGAGCUGUGAGGACGUCUGCCCCUUCCCCAAGACCUUGCAGUGCAAAGCUUGCCGCCUGAAGAGCAAGAUGGUGCCCAGCCUCUGCCGCAGCGACUUUGCCAUCGUGGGCCGGCUGAUGGAGAUCAUCGAGGACCAGGACUCCGGCAUCGCCCGCUUCGCUCUGGACGACAUCCUCAAGGACGAGAAGAUGGGCCUCAAGAUCUUCAGCAUCAAGUACCUGGAAGUGACCUUGACGGAGAUGGACUGGAACUGCCCUUGCCCUAACAUGACCGCUGAGGACGGCCCCCUCAUCAUCAUGGGGGAGGUCCACGACGGCAUGGCCGUUCUCGACCCCAACAGCUACGUCCGGGCCGCCAACGACAAGCGGGUCAAAAAGAUCUACGAGCUCCUCGAGAAGAAGACCUGUGAGAUCCUCAACCGCUUCCAGGACUAGGCCAGGUUGCUCGCCUCAGGGGAGGAGGGGAGAAAGGCAAGCAUCAUCCCUCCUCGACGACACGGCUCUUCUCUUUGGGUGCCGUCGUAGCCACACAGGACUGGAGUGGAGACUGGGCAAGGCAAAUUGCGACCGCUGGAAAACCCCACGUGCCUCAGAGUGGGGAGGAGGGCUGGUGCUGAGAAAUCCUGACCCCCUUCCUCCCCCCAGGCCACUUCCAUGGACCAGCCUCUUGUUGACAUUUGUUCAGCUAUUAACACUGUCCUGUUACAAUGAGCUUCGUUAUGCUUGUAACUACCUACCGUCUGUUUUUCGUGUGAGCCAUAAUUUAUCUGUGCCUGUGAUCCCACACGCCCGCCCAGCGAACAUAAAAUGAAUAAUUAAAAAAAAAUUCCUGUGUGUCCACCUCGGUCACAAUAGCUGCUCUCUCUCCCUCUCCCACCACUUAAUAGCAAAUUCUACAUUUUGGCAAACUUCGCCCAAGCGCUCAGUUUCGGAUUCCGCAGAGUCUGACAACCAGGACCCGUCAAGUCACAGGCAGGCAACCUCGCCUCUCCAGCUGUGGUCGGACUACAACUCCCAUCAUUCCCAGCUACCAUUUAGUAUGGCUGGGGAUGAUGGGAGUUGUAGUUCCACCACAGACAGAGGCAUUAAGUGGUAGUAACCCACCAUAUUGGUUUAAGGGGAGGCGAGCUGGUCUUGUGGGAACACAGGGAAUUGUCCUGGUUGCUAAGCAGAGUCCACCUUGGAUUGCAUUUGGAUGGGAGACUACAUGUGUGAGCACUGCAAGAUAUCCCCCCCUUAGGAUCCUCAGUGUUUUUUUAAAAAAAAAUCUUAAAACACACCUUUUUAAGGAGGCCUUUUAAUGCUCCAUUAUCAAUUCGUUAUAUCUGGUAGGCUCUUUAGCUUUUUAUAAUUUUCAGUUUUAAAUUGAACCUAAGUGUGGUUUUUAAUCUGAAUUUUUAAAAUUUAGUUAAUUGUAUUGCUCUUAUUGUAUCUUGUGUCUAUCUCAUUGUUGUGAGCUGCCCCAAGCAGUAGUGCACUGAAGGGGUGGGCUAUAAAUAUUUUCAAU